AUGGAGGAAAAUAAUAUAGAUUUUUCGCCAAAUUCUACACCAAUUAACCAUAUAGAAGCCGCGGACUACGACUUACAUUUUGCAACAUGGAACAUAGAGUACUUGAAGAUAGCAGCGAUCCAGCUAAGGCUGGUGAGACCAAGGAGCUUAGCCUGGGCAAUUAUGCUAAAUGCUCUUCCACCUCCUUCAAGUGAUAUAAUAAGCAGUAUUAAGGCUCAUAGAAAUUUCUAUGAUGAGCUGAAAGAAAAAUUGUCAAUGGACCCGCGCGCGGCGAUCGACGACGAUCCACUCUCUCAGAAUGAUGAGAGCGCCUGGAAACAACACUUUUGUGAUAACGAGCUCAAAGCACUCAUACUACAAGACGUUGUACGCACUUUUCCGGACGAGGCCUACUUCCGUGAGAAGGAAGUCCAGGACCUGAUGGUCCGCGUUCUAUUUUUCUGGGCGCGGUCACAUCCAAUAGGUUAUAGACAAGGAAUGCACGAAGUUUUGGCGCCGUUACUCUUUGAAUUGCACAGCGACAGAUUAUACGCGCCAGACGAAGUCAGUGAUACGCUCAAAUACUAUUUAGAUAAGGAAUACUUGGAACACGACAGCCACAUGUUAUUUUCUGCCGUUAUGAAAGGCUUAGAAAAAUUUUACUCGACUGGCGACGUAGUGCCAACUUCGUCUGGCCGAUUGCCUACAUCAAGGUCAAUGCACAGCCAAAAUGAAGUCGUGCGGUACUUGGAACGGGUGAAAGAGGAGUUUUUGGUGCCGUUGGAGCACGAACUGGCAACACACUUGGCCGAGUGCAACAUAUCCUUGGAGCUUUUUGGAAUACGCUGGCUUCGGCUGUUAUUCGGUAGGGAGUUCCCCCGGUCGGAGAUCCCGGACCUCUGGGGUUUCGUAUUCGCUGAUGGACCAGUGAUGCCCAACCUACACUACAUCGUUGUGGCCAUGCUUAUUGCCAUGAAGAGCUCAUUGGUGGAGGCGGAUUGCGGGGCGGCGCUGUCGGCGCUGAUGCGCCCCGCGCCGGCGCCCGUCGGCUACGUGUGCGCGCUGGCACAGCACCUGCGGCGGCCGCUCGACUGCCCACGUCCGCCGCCGCCGCCGCCGCCGCGGCAACUGACCCCGCCGGACACGCCGCCCCACAUGAGCUCGUGGGAGAGGGUCGAGCAGCUGGAGCAGCGCGCGGAGCCCGGCUCGGGCUCCGAGGGCUCCGAGGGGGUGGCCGAGGGCGCGGACGUAGCGCGCUCGCUGGCAGCCCUGGCGCUGGUCAGGGCGCGGCUGCCGGCCGCCGCGGCCGCGCUGGCGGCAGCCCUGCCGCACGCGCCGCCCGCCGCGCAACAGCCGCUCAGACAGAUAUUGCAGCUGGCGGCGCUGCUCCAGUGUCGGAACCACGCGCUCAUCGACGUGGAGACGGCGCUGGAGGCGGCCGAGAACCAGCCCCCAGAGGCCGUGGGCCGGCGCCGGAUUGUGCCCGUCCGGGUGCAGCCCCCGAGGGCGCGCCCGGCCCGGCCCACGCGCAAGCCCAGGGAGGUGCCCCUGAAGGUGUUCCACCAGGUGGAGUGCCAGAGUCCCACCGACCUGCCGCUCUUGGACCCGCUGCGGCUGCGGACAGAG